UGGGAACCGGCAGGGACUGAUGUCGGUGGGGGUGGAACCAGAGAGGCCACCACCGCUGGAGAGCCAGACGAGGUGGACAAACUCAAGACCAAACUGAUGUCGGCGUGGAAUAAUGUCAAAUACGGCUGGUCGGUCAAGUCGAAGACCACAUUCAACAAGAGCUCUCCGGUGACUGUAAUGGGCCACUCCUAUCUGCUCAAUAGUGAAGGCGAGGUGGAGCGGUUCAGACGGGCGUUCGUGUCUCGGCUGUGGCUGACCUACCGUAGGGAGUUCCCCCAGCUGGAGGGCUCCACCUUGACUACAGACUGUGGCUGGGGCUGCAUGCUGCGGAGCGGACAGAUGCUGCUGGCCCAGGGCCUACUGCUACAUCUGCUGCCACGAGACUGGUCGUGGCCAGACGCCCAGCAGUUCGCCGACGUGGACUUUGAGGCUCUGAGACCCCGCUCCCCGUCCCGCGCUGGGGGCGUACRCAUCCCCUCCUUCGGCUACUCCUCCUCCUCGCGGACCCCCACCACGCCCCAGAAGACCUCCAUGCCAGGGGGCACGGCUCUCAACCAUACCCAGAAGAAGAGGCCCGAGUCGAGCAGGGACAGGCAGGCUGAGCCCCUCCACCGGAGGGUUGUGGCCUGGUUUGGGGAUGAGCCCCCGGCCCCGUUUGGGGUGCACCAGCUGGUAGAAUUGGGGAAGAGCUCAGGGAAGAAGGCGGGGGACUGGUACGGCCCCUCAGUGGUGGCACACAUACUACGAAAAGCAGUUGCCAAGACUUCUGAGGUUCACAACCUGGCUGUAUAUGUAGCGCAGGACUGUACCGUGUACAAAAAGGACGUGGUGCAUCUGUGUGACCAGUCGUUGAACCAGAGUAUAUCAGAUCCUGAGCCCAGUYGUCCWGGCUGGAAGUCUGUCAUCAUACUGGUUCCAGUCCGACUAGGAGGAGACUCUCUCAACCCCUCCUACAUCGAGUGUGUCAGGAACAUUCUCAGGUUAGAAUGCUGUAUCGGAAUCAUCGGCGGCAAACCCAAGCAUUCGCUGUUCUUUAUCGGCUGCCAAGACGAGCAGCUGCUGUAUCUGGACCCUCACUACUGUCAGCCCGUGGUGGAUGUCACUCAAGACAACUUCCCACUGGAGUCGUUCCACUGUAGCUCGCCCAGGAAGAUGCCCUUCAGUCGCAUGGACCCCAGCUGUACUAUAGGUUUCUACGCCAAGAACAAGAAGGACUUUGAGUCUCUGUGUUCUGCCGUCUGUGUGGCCUAUCGUCGCCCGACGAGAAGUACCCCAUCUUUACCUUCAUGGAGGGCCAGGCCCAGGACUUGGACUGGUGGGCCACAGCUCCUCCCAUCCUCACUCUGACACCUCCCCCACCCCUGGCCCCGCCCACAUGCUGCCCCAAGGCAAGCUCAGCAGGAGCAACAACAUAGGCAGCUCUGACGACUUUGUCUUCCUGUGAGUACUGGUUUGUGUUCCUGAGGAACGAAAUGUAAGCAAACGGGGAAAGACUGACUUAGAAUUUUUGGGAUGGAUUCCAUUUCCCUGUUUUUAUAGAGCUCAAAGUUGGUAAAUGCUUUCUGCUAUAUCACAAACUCUGGCUUUUGUGUCCGUCAUAUUCGAGGCGAGGCUUCAACUGAAUCUCGCUGUCGGUCUGUCUCUGUCUGGGCAGAAACAGGUCUUAGAAACUAACGCUAGGCAUUACUAAAUUGGACUGUUGCCCCAUCCCAAAUGGACCCCUAAGCCCUAUACACGUAUGGAGAUCUGAGAGGAUCUGACAGGUGUUAGUAAUAUAAACUAGGCUAGGUGUAAGCUUCACCAUAUUGCUUAUACCAAUCAAAUCCGCUCAGAUCUCCAAGGKCGUAGGGAUUUGGGAUGGGGCCUCUGACUUCAUUUUGGGACUAAUAACAACUGGAAACACGGAGCCUGUUUGAUACAUGACAGGGGUCACUAGUAGUGGAAGACCAGGUACUCAGCCCUCUUCUCUCUGACUUGUAUUAUAAUACUGCUGUACACUUUACAUUCAUUUCUGUUUUGUAAGAGCUAUUAAGUGUGUGUGUGUGUGUGUGAAAUGAUUUGUGUGUGAACUGAAGCUGUUGGUGUGUUGAGUUGCUGUUAUGUUCACAUUCCUCUACUGUACUCUCUUAUAUUCCCUAUGCCAUCUUAAUUCAGUGUCAUGGCUAUAGUACUACAUUCAUACUACAUGGCUGUAGUACUAAAUUCAUACUACAUGGCUGUAGUACUACAUUCAUACUACAUGGCUGUAGUACUACAUUCAUACUACAUGGCUGUAGUACUACAUUCAUACUACAUAGCUGUAGUACUACAUGGCUAUAUGAAUUUCAGUGCAGCAUUCCAACCCUCUCUUUAGUUGUGCCGUCCUUUGACACACCAUUCGGUCAACCUGGGCUGGGCUCACUGUUUUCCAGACCUGGGUUCAAAUAGUAUUUCCUUCUUUUUUUUUCUCCAAAAGGCACUGAGUUGAUUUAACUUGCCUGGAGUGCCAGAUGGGCAACGUUUGCAUUUUUGGGACUAUUCUUUUUGCCCUAGCAAGCUCAGAAAACACCAGGCAAGCUCAGAAAACCAAUACUAAUUGAACCCCAGGUCUGCUACACUCUCACACUAUUUCAUCAGCUCUCUCUUGUCAAUUAGUCUACCAGUAUCAACUUCCAACACAGGAUUCCACUGUUACAACAAUAGCCUCUUCUGUGUAAUGUGUUACACCAGCUCCUAUCUAGAUGAUGGGAAAUUAUCCAUUUACCAAGAGGUUGUGUCCAAAAUGACACCCUAUCCCCUACAUUGUGCACUACAUAGAGAAUAGGAUGCCUUUUUGGAUGAAGACAGUUAUUGGUUGGAGUGAGACUUGUUGAAUGAAUGAUUCUGAGCUCCAUUCCUUUUAGGGUCCUCCUCAUUGUUUUAACAAGGUGGUGCUGCUGAGUUCUGGCGGUGGGGAUGCCUCACUUUGGACUCAGAUUGCGUUUUUGAACAUGUGUAACUUCAAUUUAUUAUGGUAGAGUUAAAAGCCUUGCACUUUGGAGACCUGCAUAUAAAUAUCUAAGCCAGGGCUGUUCAAUUCUGGUCCUGGAGGGCCAAAAAACUUCUGUUGUAUUGUUUCUACCUGGUAGUUAGUUGUACUCACCUGGUGUGUCAGCCAGGUCUGAAUUAGGUCCUUAUUAGAAGAGGAUGAAAACCCCAGGCACG